GCAUUGUUGUCUCGCUGCUGCCUUAGCUACACCCUUACAAGUCAAACAGUUCGCUAUGACAGAGACGCAUCUGCACGUUAUGGACUCUUUAUAAAGUGGGGCUGGCCGUCUUUAAACGUCGUGGUCAUGUCACUGCCAGAGGAGGAUCUUACAUGCCCCAUCUGCCAUGAGAUCUUCGAGGACCCGGUGGUGCUGUCGUGCAGCCACAGCUUCUGUAGGAGGUGCCAGGAGCGCUGCUGGGACGCCAGGCUGCGCGAGUGUCCCGUGUGUCGCAAAAAGGCCUCCAAGUCCAGCCACUUCCCCAACUUGGCCCUGAGGAACAUAUGUGAGGCGGUGCAGGCCAGGAGGGACAUGGAAGCUGUGGAGGAGAGGAUGAUGUGCCAUCUGCACAGGGAGAAGUAUAAGCUCUUCUGCCUGGUGGACAAGGAGCCCAUCUGCGUGGUGUGCCAGUGCUCCAAAGCGCACAAGACCCACCAGUGUUCACCAGUAGAGGAGGCAGCACUGGACUGCAAGGAGAAACUCAACGCAUCGCUCGAGAGUCUGCAAGACAAAGUGGACAACCUGAAGAAAAUACACAAGACCUCUGCGGACGUUUUCAAGCACAUCAAGAAUUUUAAAGAUAACGAGGACAGAAACACGACAUUCAGCUCAGACAACAUGUGUGGCGUCCUCAUCGACGUCGCCAACCACCUGUCCAACCUCAAGUACAAAGUCUGGGAGAAAAUGCUGGAGCAUAUUGAUUACACUCCUGUGACCUUGGACCCAAACACAGCGCACCCUUGCCUCAUCCUGUCAGACAACCUCACUUCCCUUCACCAUAACGACGAGAUGAACAUCUGCCCUGACAACCCAGAGCGCUUCCACAUGAGCGCCGAGGUGGUGGGCAUGACCUCGCUGGGCUCAGGAAGCCACCGCUGGGUGGUGGAAACAGGAAGCAAUCAAGACUGGCUGCUGGGCGUGGCCUCGUCUUCCAUAUCCAGGAAUGCGGAAGUCAACGCUCGGCCCGAGAACGGCUUCUGGACGUUGUGUUUCCGGGACGGCCAGAUCAAGGCGAUGACGUCGCCCCCUACCGCCUUGGAGGUGUCAAGUACGCUGGAGCGAGUCAAAGUACAUGUGGAUUAUGACAAAGGGAUUGUGUCAUUUUUUGAUGGCGACACAGGCACGCUCAUUUACGCGUACACGCACACCUUCCAGGAAACACUACUGCCUUACUUUUACACACAGAGCAGUCAUCCACUGAGGAUCAUGCCAGAGAGGGUGCUUGUCGCAAUGCUGCGUCAAUAAGCUUCCAUUAAUAAGCAGACUGAAGUAUAACUUUAUCAUGAAGGUCUUUUGUUAAAGAUAUCAUUUUGUUGAACUAGCUGCCCUGUGCUUUGGCUUUCUGCUGUUUUGAAGCACGGAAUAUACAGUAUAUACACACAGUGGUGUGAAAAAGUGUUGGCCCCCUUCCUGAGUUCUUAUUUUUUUGCAUGUUUGUCACACUUAAAUGUUUGAGAUCAUCAAACAAAUUUAAAUAUUAGUCAAUGACAACACAACUGAACACAAAAUGCAGUUUUUAAAUGAAAGUUUUUGUUAAGGGAGAAAAAUAUCCAAACCUACAUGGCCCUGAGUGGAAAAAGUGGCCACCCUUAGCAGCAACAACUGCAAUCAAGCGUUUGUGAUAACUUGCAAUGAGUCUCUUACAGCGCUGUGGAGGAAUUUUGGCCCACUCAUCUUUGCAGAAUUGUUGUAAUUCAGCCACAUUGGAGGGUUUUCCAGCAUGAAGCGCCUUUUUAAGGUCAUGCCACAGCAUCUCAAUAGGAUUCAGGUCAGGACUUUGACUAGGCCACUCCAAAGUCUCCAUUUAGUUUUUCUUCAGCCAUUCCGAGGUGGACUUGCUGGUGUGUUUGGGAUCAUUGUCCUGCUGCAGAACCCAAGUUGGUUUCAGUUUGAGGUCACAAACAGAUGGCCGGACAUUCUCUUUCAGGAUUUUUUGGUAGACAGCAGAAUUCAUGGUUCCAUUUAUCACAGCAAGCUUCCAGGUCCUGAAGCAGCAAAACAGCCCCAGACCAUCACACUACCACCACCAUAUUUUACUGUUGGUAUGAUGUUCUUUUUCUGAAAUGUGGCGUUACUUUUACGCCAGAUGUAAUGGGACCUUCCAAAAAGAUCAACCUUUGUCUCGUCAGACCACAGAGUAUUUUCUCAAGGGUCUUGGGGAUCAUCAAGAUGUUUUCUGGCAAACAGGGCCAUGUAGGUUUGGAUUUUUUUCUUCCUUAAUAAUAACAGGUUUCAUUUUAAAAACUGAAUUUUGUGUUCAGUUGUUUGAUGAUCUGAAACAUUUAAGUGUGACAAACAUUUUCCACCACUCUAUGUACACAGUGGAACCUCUACAUUCAUUCGAUUGACAGCGGUGGAAUUAUUUUUACACCAUCAUCAAAAGCUGAGUAGUUUUCUUAUAGUUUAGUUUUAUUAAUAGUGGUUAACUUCUUUUUACACUUGUAUGACCAUUUACAACGUCAAAAAAAGGACAAGGCAAGGCAUCGACUCGCCUUCAUUUGGCGUCCUUUUUACUUCUUUUGCAUUUGAUCAAAGGCAAAGUUUCAUUUUACUUUACUUUUAUUUGGUAAAGUAGCGUUUAACUUGUUUUACACUUUAAGUAAAAAAACAAAACAUUAAAAAGUCAAUAUGUGAUAUCGCCUCGCCUUCGUUCGGCCUCUUUUUUACACGUCAUCAAAGCAUAAGUAGUUAGGUUUUUUGGGGUUUCUUAUUAAAAACGGUUACCGGUAACUAUUUUUUUACACUUGUAUCACACGAGGGCGAGGCAAGACGCUGACUCGACUUCGGCAGGCCUCCCUUUCCACUUUCACCCAUCAUUAAAAGCAAAAGAGUUCUAUUUAGUCUAAUUGUUAAGAGUGGUUAACUUCUGUUUACUGUUGGGGUUCCCCUGCAUUUUUUCAUUGCUAUCAUUCACCUGAACUUUUACCUCCAUGUUUCCCAUUAACGUUUGGAAGGCAGCUAAGUGUAGCCCUGGCUCUAUUAUUUUGACCAAGUAAGAAAUGCACAUUAUACCUUGCUCAUACAGUGUUUAAUGCUCUUACAUAUCAAGUGUUUAUGACGUCUAGGUAGGGAAUUUGCACCUGAUGUACACACGGGGACGCCAAAGUCAAAGUGUUGACUUUAUGGAGGCUUGUCAAACAGUCUUUGAAGUUAAAGUAUUUUCCCCAGACUACAAAGAACUAGACUGCAGUCCUAUGUAGAUUGGUUUUGUCCAGGUUGGUUUUUGUCCUUCUCUGGAGCGACAAAGCGGCACCAUUUUUUAACGCAGCUCUCCGACAGGAAGGGCACCUUGUCCAGGCGAGACAGGUAGACGAGGGGCUGAAUGGUGCUGCUGAUGUUGAGGAAGGCGAAGCCCACAGGUUGCACGUAGCAGCGGAACACGUCGGGGGCGUAGUAGUCCUCAAAGGGGAAUAGGGCAACGGGCAGCAGGUAGGUGAACACGAUGAUGCAAAGGAUUGACAGCACGAUCUUGAAGGCCUUCCUCUUCAUGGGGUGCAUGUCGUCUUUCCCCGCACCGCUGGAUUUCUUCAGCGUCCACAGGAUGCACGCGUUGCACACUAUCAUCCAAGUGAAGGUCGCCAGGAUCUCCCCGGUGAACACCUUCUCGAAGUUGGGGAGGCCGCCCACCACCUUGGCGGCGGAAUAGGCGAAGGUGAGGCAGAACACCAACACGGACAGACUCAGACGGUACUUGAUGUGUUUGAGUUGGCCGAAUGUGAGCGGGAAGAGCACGGCGAUGAAGCGAUCCAAGCAGAUGCAGGAGAGGAACAAGGGCCCGCUGGUGUCCUUGACGCCGUAGGAGAACUUAAUGGCGGUCCACACCUCCUUGCUCUGCCAGUGGUAGAGAUUGAGGAAGCUGACCGGGGUCAUGGAGCCAAAGUAGGCAUCCAUGAAGGCCAGGGAGCCCAGGUAGAUGUCUGAAGUCGAUGGUUGUUUGCGGUUGCAGAUGAGGAUGGCGAUGACGAGGAUGUUGGCGGGGAUCCCCACCAGCACGUUGAUACUCUGGAGGGUGAGGUCGAACAGGAUUCCCUCCACAAGGGAUUCGCAGCCGUCGAAGACGCUGAAGGGUUUGACCGUGGCGUUGUUGAAAGAGGUGACGUUGGCGGGAGUCGGGACCGUUGGCCAGGAUGCAUUGGUGUCCAUUAUUGUGGACUCUGAUGGGAGAGGAGUAAUAAUAAUAGUGAAGAUGGGCCAUUUGGGCCAACCAAUCACUCACUCACUAGAGUGGAGAGGCUAUAUCAGGGGCAGGAAUGUCAGUGCCCCACUAUGUCCAUACUUGGGUGCAGUUUUUCUUUCUCCUAAAAAAUCCAAUUGAGAAAUGUGCUGUUUUAAAUCUUUUUGUGUGUAUAUUUUUCAUGUUUUUCACCCCCAAAACAUUUUGCUUUGCACGUACCACUGUUUUUGUAUUUGUACAAUCAAUAUUUAUUAGAUGUAAAUGUAAAAUGGUGUUCUCGCAUACUAAUUAAAUGAAGCUCGCGUACCGUACCUCCAGUGCGUUACCACAGUUUGAGAAUUAAAGAGCUGAUGCUUGUGCUCUGCCUAGCAACAAGUGGGGGAGUGACCAGGAACAAAAAUCCCAACAAUUCUGUUCAUCUAUUUAUUGUUUUCAUUUCCACUGCUCGGCACAGCUCUGACGGUAACAACAACAAAAAACAACCGAGCCGCAUUGAACGCAUCAGUCAAAACAACGUUUUGUCUCUUGCUAAUUUCUCAGAAUUAUAAACUAAUUCCAUUCAUUAACACCAAAAAAUGUAUUUUUGUCGAGUUCAGUUAUUUUAUUUUAUUUUUUUACAACAUUCUGAUACAUUUGCGUGAGAAGGUGUCCUGGUAACCAUUAAAAACACAAUGUGACUGUUCCCAAAACAAGCGAGCAAUCAAGCUAGUGCAGGGGAGUCGAAACUUUUCACAGAGGGCCACAUAUUGAAAAAUGAAAGUAUGCAAAUUUAAAUUUUUUAAAAUUUUCCAAAUAUUUCAACUUUCUUCUUAAGUAGUCUUAGUAAUUUUUUUUCUCGUUCUAUUAUGACUUUAUUCCCACAUAUUGACUUUAGUCCCAUCUUAUAAUAACUUAUCUCCCAAGCUGAUUUUCCAAUUUUUUUUUCCACGUCAAAUUAUUUGUUUUGUUUCUCAUAUUAUGACUUCUUUAAUAUUUCAACUCUAAGCUACUAAAAUGACACACAUUUUUCCUCAUUUUGAUUUUAUUCUCCUAAAAUUGCACUUUUUUUUUCUCCUUAGAAUACGACUUUGUUUCUCUUGAUAUUUUGACUUUAUUCUUGCAAAAUUACUGCUUUUUUCCCCCAAUAUCUGCUGUUUUUUUAAAAUUUUACAACUAUUUCAACUUUCUUCUUGUAAAUUUCCUUUUCCUAAUAUUAUUUUUCCCAAGCAAAUUUCCCAAAAAUUACGACAUUUUGUUUUGCUUGUUUCUCAUAAUAUUACGACUUAUAAACAUCUUUUUUCUAUGUAUUCUUUUUUCCAUUUAUUAUUGGUAUUUUUCGCAUUAUAUUAACACAUUAUUUGCGUAAAAUUACAAUUUUUUUUCUCGUUAGAUUACGUUUUUUCUAUUAAUAUGUUCACUUUAUUUGAUUUGAUUUUUAUUUUAGCUUUUUUUUUCUUCCAUUUUUGCUACAGUUGUUCUAUGUUUUCUUGUUAAAUUACAUUUUUAGAAUGUAAACAUCCGUGUGCCAAAAAUGGCCCCCUGGGUGCACUUUGGACACCCCUGGGCUAGUGUAUGCAGUACCACUUAGUACCACCUAGGACAUCGACAGAUGGUGAGUCGUAUACCUGAAAGGGUUGUGGAUGAAAGCAUCAGUAUAAAUGAAAAAUACUGUAGACUCAUAUUUACACAUUUUAUCCAAGAGGAGACUGAGGGCAGCAAGGCAAACGGGCAGCUGCAGCAAGGUGGAGACUGUGGAGUUGAAUACUGUACUUGCGCAGCAACGGGGUAGCAUGUGUGUUUAUUUUUUGGCAUUUCUCACCACGCAAAAAAAAAUGUAAUUAGUGUCACCCGUGUGAUAUCGCCUCAGCACACUGACCAGGUACCAGAAAUGGUGCCUUGUAGUACCUGCUAUCUGUCAUGGCAGGCCAAGUAGGUCCCAUGCAGGGAAAAAAGCGUCAUUUUAAACAAGCUGCUGUUGAUUACAAUGCCUAUUUCUGCUCUUCUCCGAACUUUAGUCGGCAAAAACUCUCUUUGAAGUCAAGACAGGCAGCUUUGGGAGGGGGUAAACAUGUUUCUAAACACCAUCGGGGCUUCUCCUCAGGCUGUUAUCUUGUUAUUGUGACUGUGUGGACCCUCCUCAGGGAGCCAGGACGCUGCAUUCAGGGACAUCUCAAUCACUUUGGGGACGCCUGCUGGAAGCUCCACCCAUGCAGAGAUGAAUAUAAAGACUACCGCCACAAAUCAAAAUGGACAGCUUUGACAGCUUAGUAGGACCCUUGGAAGUGCAGCCUUGAAUCACACGGAAGGAAGAGCAACGGAUGCAUGUUCGACUUUUCUUUUUCCUCUGGCUUGAGUUCUGUUUUUUUCUUCAAACGUGAACGUCUCCUCGUGCAGCUAUAAGAGCCCUCCACCUAAUAGACCUCACGAGCCUCAGGCAGUCAUCGUUCCUUGUGCUGCCGUCAAGGAGGCGACCACUCCGCUUUAAACGUGAAGCUCUCGUCUUGGCCUCUCCCCUCUGUGGAUUGUUUGUGUGUGGAGACCACUCGAGGGCCGCAGGCUUGCGUCUCGCCCCCGUGGGACUAAUCACACCGACAGGAGCUCGCUAGAAAAGACGCUCGUCCCUGGAGACGCCAUAUGUAAUCCAUUGUGUGUGGGUUUGUUUUGAUUUUUAAGGAUUAGGGUAGAAAAAUGACUGAAAAUUAUAUAAUAACUGUUUUGCAAAAGGCCAUUAAAGUCAUUUGAUCUCUUUUCCAAAUUAAAAGGAAGAAAUCAACGACCCUUAACAUAUUUCAGUGAAAUACAAUUUUAUUUUGACCAUUAUACGUUUAAAUAAAGUUGUGCUAUUUGUGUGCUGGCUGUCUUUUCGGUUUAUGUAUGUAAUAUUCCUUUUAAUGCAUCAUUUAUUGCAGAAUUAUUAUUGGUGUUAUGGGUUUU